AAUUCAUGCUUCUUUCCAUUGUCUUUGAAAAUGACUCCUCUUGCCUUGCCUCCCAAUACUAGUCUGGAAACCUUUACACGUUUUCUAGAUGAAGUGUCCAAGACUGUUGGUGAAGAGAACAUCAGAGUGGUACAAAAGCUAGAAGAGCUACAAGAUGGAUCAUAUCUCGAACAGCCUCGUACCCAUGACCCGCAUCAUAUCGUUGAUCAGGAUUACUUCGUGGCUUCGGCCGUAAUCUGCCCGCGUUCUGUACCAGAUCUUCAGGCCAUUGUCCGCAUUGCCAACGAGCUCCAAAUUCCUCUUUGGCCUACAUCCAUCGGCCGCAACUCCGGUUAUGGCGGCGCUGCUCCUAGGCUACGUGGAAGUGUCGUUCUUGACCUUGGAAGACACAUGAAUCGUGUCCUUGAGGUCAAUACCGACGGGGCCUAUGCUAUUGUUGAGCCUGGUGUUACUUUCGCCGACCUUCACCAGUACCUGGUCGAUAACAAUUUGAGAGAUAAGCUCUGGGUUGAUGUAAGUUCCCGACCUGGGUGGUGGCUCGGUUCUUGGAAAUACUGUCGAGAGAGGAGUGGGGUAUACACCUUAUGGAGGCAGGUCUCAAACCAUUGGAUGAUGCACUGCGGAAUGGAGGUCGUGCUCCCCAGCGGAGAACUGAUGCGGACUGGCAUGGGCGCAAUGCCACAGCCAAAAAAGCCCGGUGAACCAGCCGUUCCGUUGCAUGAGGAUCCUGGUAAUAAAUGCUGGCAACUGUUCCCAUACGGGUUUGGGCCAUACAACGAUGGGCUAUUCUCCCAGAGUAAUUUGGGCAUAGUAACAAAGAUGGGAAUAUGGCUCAUGCCAAACCCCGGUGGAUAUCAAUCUUAUCUCAUCACAUUCCCCAGGGACGAGGACCUUCAUCAAGCUGUCGAUAUCAUUCGGCCUCUCAGACUCCCCACUUCCUCCCAGCAAAUGAUUCUUCAAAAUGUCCCGACAAUUCGCCAUAUUCUUUUAGAUGCCGGUGUCCUGGGAACAAAGGCGGACUACACAUCGAAAACAGCGCCCCUUGACGAUGAUGAUCUUGAUGUGAUUGCCAAGCGCCUGAAUCUCGGGCGAUGGAACUUCUAUGGCGCCUUAUAUGGCCCUGAGGAAACUCGGAACGCUCUUUGGGGUGUUAUCAAAGGUGCUUUUUCGGCCAUCAAGGGAGCGAAAUUCUACUUUCCGGAUGACAUCAAGGAGAACUGUGUGUUGCAUACCAGAGACAAAACCCUUCAAGGAAUCCCAACUUUCGAUGAGCUGAAGUGGAUUGACUGGGUUCCUAAUGGUGCUCAUUUAUUCUUCUCGCCCAUCAGCAAGGUUUCUGGCGAUGAUGCAAUGCUCCAGUAUUCUGUUACAAAAAAGCGAGUCCGCGAAGCAGGGCUGGACUUCAUUGGGACCUUUACUGUUGGUCUGAGAGAGAUGCACCAUAUUGUUUGCAUUGUCUUUGAUCGCAAAGAUCCCGAUUCAAAGAAAAGAGCCCACUGGCUAAUCAAGAUAUUGAUCGAGGAUUGCGCAGCCCAUGGCUGGGGUGAGUAUCGCACUCAUCUGGCACUGAUGGACCAGAUUGCGGAAACGUACAACUGGAAUGAAAACAUCCUCAUGCGAUUCAACGAGGCCAUCAAAAAUACCCUUGACCCCAAGGGAAUCAUUGCUCCGGGCAAGAACGGCAUUUGGCCGUCAACCUACCCAAAGAGUUUGUACAAGUUGUGA